GUCCACGUGCCUGUCCAGCCUGCCCGAGGGGACUGUUACACACAACACCUGUGGGGACCACAUCUGAUGAGAAUGGGAGUGACAACCGGCUUUGGGGAUGCGUGCCCUGGAGGGUGCGGCUGCAUCGGGAGCAGUAUGGAUUAGAAAUACGGAAGAAGACAACGUUUUCAAUGAUACCAGGACAAGAGGUUUGAAUCUUAGCAACAUCCUGUUCCAGAAGGCUGAAAAAAUCUUCGCCCGAGAACCCUGCGUGGCUGCAGAAAUGGCCCUACUAUCCUAAGGAUCAUUUGGAAGCAUGGUGUCACAGUGAGAUGUGACAGCGUUUGAGAGCCAGACUGUGGAAUGGGCGCUCCUGAGUUUGACUCCCAGCUGUCGCUCCUGGAAAGUGGCCAUGCUGAUCUUGGUCAAUUGCUUGCCUUCUCUGGUGCCUCAGUUUCCCCAGUCAUGUAACAGGGAUAGUGUGCACUUCAGAAGCUUGCUCAGGGCACCAAAUAACUCUGUGAGCAUAAAGCACUUACAGCCACGUCCAAGGCACCAGCAGACAGAAGUUAAGUGUAACUGUCAUCAGCAUCAGGAGGAGGAGUUUCUUCGCAUCUAGAGGGACCAUCUGCAUUGACUCAGCGCCUGUAGGAACGAAGACAGCGGCCAGACACUGACAAGCCCUUCUACUUCCUUUUUUUGCUAAUUGUAUACAACUUACUUUGAAAGCCGUUUCCAUUCCCUGCACACAGACUCCAGCGGGUGGCCAAAGGGACAUCUCUUCUCGGACAGCUGACCCGGGUCCUCAUGCUGCUGUGGUCACUGCUGGUCAUCUUUGCUCCAGUCGAUGGAAAAUCAGACUGGCUGACCCUCGUGGCGCCCUCUGCCGUCUUUGAAGGGGACAGGAUAGAUCUGACAUGUCAGAAGAAAAACGGGUGGAAAGUCAAGAGGGUGUCAUAUUACAAGGACGGAGAAGAGUUACCGCUUUCAAGUGAAGUCUCCAACUUUUCUAUCCAAAGAGCAGUUUUGAGUGACAGUGGCACUUAUCACUGUGCUGUUGCUCCUGUUUGGCCUCUCUUCCCUUUCCAAAAGGAAAAAACCUCAAGAAGUGUAAGGAUUGAAGUUCAAGAGCUAUUUCCACGCCCUGUGCUCACAGUCAGCCCCUUCCGGGCCAUCGAGGGGAACCCGGUGACGCUGACCUGUGAGACCAAGCUUUCUCCGCAGAGGUCAGAUGCCCAGCUCCAAUUUUGCUUCUUCAGAGGUGGUAGAGCCCUGGGGUCCGGCUGGAGCAGCUCCCCAGAGCUCAGGGUCCCUGCCAUGUGGAGUGGAGACUCAGGGUCCUACUGGUGCGAGGCAGAGACAGUGACUCCCAGCGUCAGAAAACAGAGCCUCCGGUCACAGAUUCACGUGCGGAGAGUGCCUGUCUCUAACGUAAGCUUAGAGAUGCGGGCCCCCAGGGGCCAGGUGAUCGAAGGAAGGAACCUGGUCCUGCUCUGCUCGGUGACCGAAGGCACAGGAAACAUCACAUUUUCCUGGCACAGAGAGGCCACAGGAGCCAGCGUGGGGAAGAAGACCCAGCGUUCCCUGUCGGUGGAGCUGGAGGUCCCAGCUGUGCAGGAGCACGAUGCUGGCCGUUAUUACUGCAGAGCGGACAACGGCCAUGGCCCCAUCCGGAGCAAGGUGCUGAGUAUCCUUGUGAGAAUCCCAGUGUCCUGCCCAAUCCUAUCCAUCACAGCACCCAGAGCCCAGGUCGUGGAGGGGGAUGUGGUGGAGCUUCGCUGCGAGGCCCAGAGGGGCUCUCCCCCCAUCCUGUACCGGUUUUAUCACGAGGACGUCCCCCUGGGGAACAGCUCGGCCCCCUCUGGAGGAGGAGCGUCUUUCAACCUGUCUCUGACCGCAGAGCAUUCUGGAAACUACUCCUGCGAAGCCGACAAUGGUCUCGGGGCCCGGCGCAGCGAGGUGGUGCCACUCAGCCUCUCAGGGACCAGCAGCUACAGAGAAGAACAGGUCACAGACAGAGCUCUCGGGCUGCUGGGUGUCCCUGCUUGUGUUGCUGCUGCUCUGCUGUUUUACUGCAGGUUCCACAAGACACGAGGAAGACACUCUGUCACUAAUGCACUCAGAGAUGUUCCCAGUGCAAAUUCUCAGGCAUCCACCCCCUCCAGCCCAUCCCCAGCCAUCGAGGACCUGCAGCCAGAUUAUGUCAAUGUGGACCCUGGAGAUGGGGAUGUGGCUUAUUCCUUUGUCUGGAGCAUCCAGCUACCAGAAGACGCAGAAAACACCAGAAGGACAAUUCUGGAGAACAAGGACUCCCACGUCAUCUACUCUGGCGUGAAGGAGAUGUAACACUUGGAGGAAUGGGGGGCAGAUCACCAACAAAGAUGGAACAGCACUAAAGGCUAUACAAAACCUUAUAAAGAUGCCCAACCCUCAUGACCUCUCACAGACAGAAUGUGCUCCAGGGGAUGAGCAGGCUGCCAUUUUUGUUAUCAUGUUCUUUCCCAAUGUCUCCUUCUGUUCAUUCAACAUUAGUUGAAGUGUUAUUGUACCCCAGGUACCGUGCAGUGAGAUUAUCUCUGUUACCUGCUCUUAAGGUUCAAUGUUCGAAGAGUUGAGAAAGAGAAAUGAACAAGAGAGACGAGCUUUUGCCUACACCUACUCUGAGAUGAUGUGAACAGAAUCCAUUUCUGGGCUUUGCUUUCUCUUCCAAACUGGGACCUCAUUGUCCUUUGUUUCCACAGACCUCUCAAGUUUUAAAUGAAUUCUCUCUUGC